GUUUCCAAGAGCCGAAUGUGUACCGGUACCAAAUCGCAACAUAUCAAUCAUGUCAGCCAUCGACCAAAAAGAAUACCUGAAAAGAUAUCUUUCAGGAGGUGAUACUGAGGAUAAAAAGAAGAAGAAGCGAAAGAAAAAACACGGAGGACAUUCAGGAGUAGCUGUGAAGGCUGCUAGUGUACGUGUAUUAGACGAUGAUGUGGACUUCCGAACUCUUGUCCAACCUGAUGCUGAUGAUGACAAGUCCAAAUUGCUUGAAGAAGCUGAUGAAGCUCCUUUGGUCGCAGGGUUUGUUGACGAGAGACCCGAAGAGGAAGUCAAGCUGGAACAGUACAGGAAGAGUGAUAAAUGGAAAGUUAUAAAACAAGAUGAAGAGGAAGAACCGUCUAGGAUGUCAUCAGGAAGUCGAAGACCCCGCCAUGAUUCCUCAUCAGAUGCUUCACCGCCUAGGAGUCGCCGUCAUGACUCUGGUUCCGAUCUUUCACCCCCCAGAGGCAGGUCAGGAGAGAUGUCCAGGAAAAGGCAUGAUUCCGAUUCCGACCUGUCGCCACAUCGAGGAAGGCCAGAGCAGACAUCGAAGAGGAGACACGACUCAGAUUCCGACCUGUCGCCACAUCGAGGAAGGCCAGAGCAGACAUCGAAGAGGAGACACGACUCAGAUUCAGACCUCUCUCCUCCAAGAGCCAGACAGGGGCGGGUGCCCAGGACACGGCAUGAUUCAGAUUCUGAUAUUUCUCCUCCGCGGAGAAAUGGCACGGCUGAACAUUCCCGGAGGGGUCGCCAUGAUUCAGAUUCUGAUUUAUCCCCUCAGAGAACUAGGGUCAAAGACUCAAGGAAAAAGCGGCAUGGCUCGGACUCUGACCUUUCACCUCCAAGACAUAAAAAGUCCAAAGAUUCUAGGAGAAGUCGUAAUGAUUCAGACUCUGAUUUAUCAUCUGUGAGGACCAAGACGAAUAAUGGAGACAGACUAAAGCAAAGGAGGAGACAUGAUUCUGAUUCCGACAUCUCCCCUCCUAGGAGAAGAAAACCUAGUCCAGCUCAAAUCUCUAGGAGGAGACAUGACUCCAAUUCUGAUCUUUCACCUCCAAGGAUAUCAAAUUCUAAGAGGAAAGACCAAACUCGAUCAAAGUCCGGUAGGUCCAGUCGGCACCUGUCUCCAGUCAGGAGGAAAGGGCGUGGCUCUGAUGAUGACCUCUCUCCUCCCAGGAGAGGGGGAGAAGGGAGGAGGAGAAGGAUGGACUCUGAUUCAGACCUUUCACCCGACAGACAAAGAUCAAGCAAAGCUGAAGAUGGUAUGAAGCAGAAGCCAAAGACAACUCUGUCAGGGGCUAAGGCCGGUUUAUCAGAUGCAGCUGCCCUAAAGAGAGAGAAUGAAGCAACAAGACGAAGAACCAAUGAGGCUUACUCAAGGCUUGAUGAUGACAUCAGUGGUAAAAAUGCAGAGACUGUUUUCAGGGAUAAGAGUGGUAAGAGGAGAGACUUGAAGGAGGAGAAACGACUGAAGAAAGAAGAAGAGGCCAGAAAAGCUGAAGAAGAUGAGCAAUUCUUGGAGUGGGGAAAAGGAGUGGCCCAAGUCAAGAACCAGAAGAACAGCGUUGAAGAUACAAUGAGAGAGAUGGCUAAGCCCUUAGCGAGGUACAAAGACGAUACGGACCUGGACCAGAUGUUGAAGGAGCAGGACCGAGAAGGAGACCCCAUGCUGGCGUUCCUAAAGAAGAAAGAAUCCAAGGCUAUGGCGAAGGCUGGGAUUAAAGAGAAACCAAGAUAUCGAGGACCGAAGCCUCCACCGAACCGCUUCAACAUCCAGCCAGGUUACCGAUGGGACGGGGUCGAUCGAUCGAGCGGAUUCGAGAAGAAAUACUUCCAGAGAAUAUCGGACAAGAAGGCUACGUCAGAAAUAGCUUAUAAAUGGAGCAUUGAAGAUAUGUGAAUGAAAAUGAUCAAGGAUGGCAUGCCCAUUACUAAAAAAUAGUUAUACCCCAACAAAGAGUUGAUUUGAAUAAAAAGAGAAAAAUCCAACAAGCAUAACACUGAAAAUUUCAUCAAAAUUGGAUGUAAAAUAAGAAAGUUAUGACUUUUCAAAGUUUUGCUUAAUUUCACACAACAGUUAUAUGCACAUCCUUGGCCCCGUUGCAUAAAACUUUUGCCGGAAUUUUUUACGGCAAAAAUCAGGAAACUACGGCAAAAAAAAAUUGCCGGAGUUUUCCAUUGCAAAAAACUUUGCCAGAGUUUUUUACGGCAAAACUUUAAAAAAACUCCGGCAAAUCAAGUGGGUUUUUGCCGUAGCUCUCGUACCAACGGCAAAGUCCUAAAAAUUCCGGCAAAAUA